AGAUAGAAUGUAGCAAAUAGUAGUCAUUAAUUCAGCUGUUAAUAAUCCCACGUCAAGGCUCCUGGCGCCCGUGUGGUAUGAUUGUUUUUAUCAGAUUGUCAACAGCGCACGUAAUAUGAAACCAGCGAGAAUUAAUCGGAGGAAUUAAUGAGGUUUCCUCGCAGGAAUUUUUACAGCGAGCUUUUAGGGAUAGACGCGCGCGCGGCGACGAUAAGAUCACGCGCGACUCCGACACGGGAGCGCCGUGAGAUUCGCCGUUGAGACAUGCUCGCGGUUGCGAAGUCGCAAGAGCUGAGUGGUGCUCGUUAGUCUCUCGAUUGGAUCUCAUCGACGCGAGGAGGAUGUCCGACGAGGAGUGUCCAUCGAUUCCGGUUUCUCGACGGAAGCCGCGCUUCACGGUGGCGAAAUACCUACCGAUUCUCGGCUGGUUACCGCGAUAUACCCGGCUGAAGGCUGUGUCGGACCUUAUAGCGGGCAUCACUCUGGGCCUGACCAUGAUCCCUCAGAGUAUGGCCUACGCGGUACUGGCUGAACGGAUUCCCCAGUAUGGUCUGUACUCUUGUUUUGUGGGCGGUUUCGUGUACAUUAUCUUCGGAACCACCAAGGAAGUCUCUAUUGGCCCGUCGUCUUUGAUGGCCCUACUAACGUUGCAAUACACGCGAGACAUGCCGCAGGACUUCGUAAUACUCUUGUGCUUUCUGGCUGGAUGCGUAGAAUUUUUAAUGGGCGUAUUAAAUCUAGGAUUUUUGGUGGAUUUUAUAUCUGUCCCGGUCACAUCGGGUUUCAUGUCGGCUGGAUCACUCAUUAUUAUAAUCGCUCAGCUACAGGGCCUUCUGGGAUUAAGAUACAAGUCGAAAAAUAUUGCAGAUAAUCUAUACAAAAUAGUUACGCAUAUUACUGAGAUUCGGCCAGCCGAUUUCGCACUCGGAAUUUUCAGCAUCGUGUUUCUUCUGAUUUUCAGAAAACUGAAAGACAUCGAUUAUCCUUGUACGAGAAACAAAAGAGACACUUCCAGAAAUGCAAUGAUAAAAAAGAUAUUUUGGUAUUUCUCCAUUGGUAGGAACGCUCUCAUUGUACUUAUAACGGCUACGAUAGCGUAUCAAUUUGAAGUGAAUACGGGAUCCGUUCCGUUUAUACUUUCAGGAAAAAUAAAAGCCGGCCUUCCCAAUGUGGCGUUACCACCCUUCUCGUCUCAAGUAGGAAAUCAAACUUACACAUUCUUCGACAUGUGCGCUCAUUACGGAUUAGGGCUAGGGAUACUUCCUGUUAUAUCCGUCUUAGCAAACGUAGCGAUUGCUAAAGCGUUUGCAAUGGGCGCCUCAGUUAAUGCGACACAAGAAAUGCUGACUCUCGGUCUUUGCAAUAUACUUGGCAGCUUUGUGUCGGCGCUUCCAUCCGCCGGUGCAUUUACUCGAAGCGCAGUUAGCAGUGCCAGCGGGGUGCAAACACCUAUGGCCGGUUUAUAUUCCGGUACUAUGGCAUUGCUAGCGCUGAGCUUCUUGACGCCGUAUUUUUAUUACAUCCCACGUGCGACACUUGCGGCGGUGCUGAUAACCGCCGUGUUGUUCAUGAUCGACCUGAAGAUCAUAAAAUUACUCUGGAGAGGAAGCAAAACAGAUGCGGUCGCGGCGAUAGGGACCUUUGUGCUCUCUAUUCUUAUCGGUAUCGAGAUCGGACUCCUUCUGGGGGUUCUCUUCAACUUGAUCCUUUUCAUCCGAAUGUCCGCGAGACUAACACUUCAAACAAUCAAUUGCAAGACUGACUUAGGAAAUAGAUACAUAAUGUUAAAACCCGACGUAUGUCUUCAUUAUCCCGCAGUAUCUUCCUUCUGCAAUAAAGUCAUGAGUUUAGCUGAAAACGGUGUCCCGUUGAUCUUAAAUUGUGAAAGAUUCACCAGUCUUGAUUACACUUCAAUCAAGGGUAUUGAAACGAUAUCGAAAAAAUUGAAUCGCGAAGGAAACCAAUUCUGGCUGUUGCAUCUUAACUCCGACAUUAUAAAAAGUUUUGAUGUUCUCGCCGACAAUGAGCACAUCCGUUUAAUCGAAAAAGAAGAGAACAUUGUGGAUGUUCUUUAUGACAAUACUGUAAUCAAUAAAAAUUCCGAAGAUCCGACCGAUGUCACUAAGAAAGCAACAGAAACGGAAAAGCAGAAUCACGCAGACCUUUCGUAUUCCAAUUCUCGACGAAAGAAUUCGGAAUCCAACGCCGAAGAAAUGGCCUUAGUAUCACCGUCCGAAUGCAAAAUACAACUAUAAAUAAAGUGACUCUGUAUUUAAAAAGUCUAUCGAUUAUAAAUAUGAACAAUUAUUUAUACUUGGACCAAAGUCAAGUUCUCAAAACAAAA